AAAAGCUUGCAGAAGCUCAGCGCAGGUUUACUACUCUUCGGACUGAGUUACAAUCGACUUUGGAUGCACAAAAAGAAGCCAGUGGGGUUUCCACGCUGCAGCGGCGCAGAAAGCCAGUCUUCCACCUGUCCCAUGAAGAGCGAGUCCAGCAUAGGAAUAUCAAAGAUCUGAAAUUGGCCUUCAGCGAGCUCUACCUCAGCCUCAUCUUACUGCAGAACUAUCAGAACCUGAACUUCACCGGCUUCCGCAAGAUCUUAAAGAAGCAUGACAAGAACUUGGAGACGGCGCGGGGAGCAGAAUGGCGGGUGGCUGAGGUGGAGGUGGCACCUUUCUACACUUGCAAGAAGAUCAACCAGCUUAUCUCCGAAACAGAGGAAGUGGUGACCAAUGAGUUAGAAGAUGGGGACAGACAGAAGGCUAUGAAACGUUUGCGUGUUCCACCCUUAGGAGCAGCUCAGCCUGUACCAGCCUGGACUACAUUCAGGGUUGGAUUGUUCUGUGGGUUGUUCAUUGCACUGAACGUCACUGUCAUACUUUCAGGUGUGGCUUUUAUAGAUGGACCAAAUGUGUGGCCACUGGUGAGAAUCUAUCGAGGUGGCUUUCUCCUGAUAGAAUUCCUCUUUCUCCUGGGUAUCAACACAUAUGGCUGGAGACAGGCUGGAGUGAAUCAUGUCCUCAUCUUUGAACUCAAUCCCCGCAGCAACUUGUCCCAUCAACAUCUCUUUGAGAUUGCUGGUUUCCUGGGCGUUUUGUGGUGCCUGAGCCUGCUGGCAUGUAUAUAUGGUAAAUUCACCUACAUCCCUAUGCAGGUGAAUCCACUCAUCUUGUAUGGCUUCAUGUUGCUUUUUCUCAUCAACCCUACCAAAACCUUAUAUUACAAGUCCCGUUUUUGGCUGCUUAAACUAUUGUUUCGAGUGUUCACUGCUCCCUUCCACAAGGUAGGCUUUGCAGAUUUCUGGCUGGCUGAUCAGCUCAACAGCCUGGUCGUAAUACUCAUGGAUCUGGAAUACAUGAUCUGCUUCUACAGCUUUGAGGUUCAGUGGGAGGACAAUGCUGGACUUCUGGCAAAUACAGAUAAUCAGAUUUGUUACAGCUACUCCUACGGAGUGAGAGCGGUUGUCCAGUGCAUCCCUGCUUGGUUGCGAUUCAUCCAGUGCCUGCGCCGUUACCGUGAUAACAAACGGGCCUUUCAUCUGGUUAAUGCUGGAAAAUAUUCCACCACCUUCUUUGUGGUGACAUUUGCAGCCCUCUACAGCACUCACAAAGCUAAAAACCACAGUGACACCCAAGUGUUCUUCUACCUGUGGAUUAUCUUCUAUUUCAUCAGCUCUUGCUAUACCCUAAUUUGGGACCUGAAGAUGGACUGGGGUCUCUUUGACAAAAAUGCUGGUGAAAAUACCUUUCUUCGAGAAGGAAUUGUCUACCCACAGAAAGUGCGUAUACUGCCUGCUUUUACGUUGGGAAAG